CUACGGGAAGCCAAUGUAGCUUAAUGAGUAGAGGAGUGACGUGUGCUCUCUUUGGUUCAUUAAAGAUAACAUGUACUGUUAAUGUACUGUAAUUCUUUGUUCUGUCAUUAAUUCUGGAUGAAGUCACAGAGCAUAGUCCACACUGAGUGAGUGAACGCAGUGAUGCCAUCAGUGAGAAGAGAGAGAACAAGUGUGUGAUCUCAGGACACAGACACACAGAAUCAUGUCUGCUGUGAGGAAGACGACCAGACAACCGUCACCUGAUGAAGAACUACACGAGCACGCUGAAAUCAUCUCACAUCAGCUCAAACAGGGUCUGAGCAUGAGUCGGUCGUUUAAUAAAGUUCUGGAUGUGAGUUCUGGUAACAUUCACAGCGCUGGAGUGAAGCCCAUCACCUUCAUCAGACAGGUGUUGGCUGGAUGUUUGUAUCCCAGUCUUCUGGACGGUGAUGAUUUUCCUCCUGACGUUCGGUCGAGAGCACAAACGCUGCUCAGUCAGUGUGAUGGAAACAGCAUCGGUUCAUACACAGACUCGAGUGGACUCGCAUAUGUGAGAAGCAACGUGGCAAAGUUUAUUUCUUUGCGGGACGGUGGCAUCCCGUCGAGUCCGGAGCACAUCUUCAUCACCUGUGGAUCUCAGAGAGGUUUAAUGAGUGUGAUGAGGUUACUGUGUCAAUCAGAGGGCCGGAGUGCAGUUCUGAUCCCAGACCCCACCCCUCACACCCUUACCCGCAUCCUAGAGACGGUGGGCUUAGUGCCGCUGCCCUAUAGACUGCAAGAACAGGGUGGGUGGAGCCUGGAGAGGGCGGAGCUCAAGCGAGUCAUCAAGACCUCUAGAACGCACUGCUGUCCACGAGCAAUUUAUAUCAAUAACCCCGGCAACCCAACAGGACACAUUCAGAGCAGAGAAUCUAUUGAGACUGUGAUCCGCUUCGCCGCUGAAGAGAACCUGUUUUUACUGGUGGACGAGAUUUAUCAGAAUACAGUUUGGGUGAAAGAUAAAGAGUUUGUGUCGUAUAAAAGGGUUCUUGUGGAGAUGGGCAACCCAUAUCAUGACCGAGUACAACUGGCCUCUUUCCAUUCACUGUCCAAUGGUAUUAUGGGAGAGUGUGGUUUAAGAGCGGGCUACAUGGAGUUGGUGAAUGUGGAUGAAGGGCUACUGUUGUACACUGAAGUUCUUCUGACGGGUGAUAUAAACACACCUGUGAUCGGUCAGAUCGCUCUUGAUGUCAUGGUCGAUCCGCCCCGUCCAGGAGACGCCUCCUAUGACUUAUACAUACAGGAGGUGUCGUACAGACUCAGCACUCUGAGGUUAAACAUUUCCAGUGCUGUGGACUUCAUGAAUGAUCUGUCAGGAUUCACCUGCUCAACUGUUCAGAGCGGAAUCUACAUUUACCCUCACCUGAGUCUACCGCACACUGCACACACACAGAUUGCAGGGUUGUGUUACUGCAGGAGACUGCUGGAGGAUCAGGGUGUGUGUGUCGGCUUUAAUGAUUGCAAGAAGGAAGACCACACAGACUCACACAACUGCUUUCACCUCAGGCUGUGUGUGAUGAUGUCAUCAGAUGAUCUGGAGGAUUUUCUGUGUCGCCUUCAAACUUUCCAUCUUCAGUUUCUCAAAGAAAAAAACUGACCAGGAGUUUUUAUGAAAUAUUCAAUGAGACAAAUAAAAAAUUCUGAAACAUU